AUGACAAUUUCUGGUGACCGCACUGCAACAAAACAAGUGUUUGCUAAGCUCGAGCAAUUGCUGAUUCAAACAGCAGAUGAUGCAGUUUACCGCCUUCAGGGUUUAAAAGGCAAUCUUAGUGAGUUUGAUAGUCGCCAUAAAUUGUUUUUGGUCAAUACGUCAAAAUUUAAUCUCAGAAGCGAUAUUCGAACAACAAAAGAUUCGACCUCUGAGCUGCGAGCUGCGGCUAAUCAGAUCGCCGAUUGUAAGAAACCGACCGAGUCAGAGAUAACCGCGGCUCGUAGUGCGAUGCAUGCAACGGUCGACGCUUUAAACGAUUUGGCGCGUUCUGCUCGCGAAUUUGACAAAAAAGGUCACAAAGUGAAAGGCGUCAGGGGCGUCGUGGCAGGCCUAUUCGGGUCUAACCAAAAGUCAACAGAAAAGCCAAAGGAAAGUAUUUACGAUGACCCAGUUGAUGUGGACAACCAUAGGGUGGGGUCUGAUGGCAUCCUGCGAGCUCCCAAUACGGCGGAAGAAGUAGUUGCUUCAACAUUAGGCGACUGCUUUAGCGGAUUCAAGUCGUUGCAACAUCAGAUUGCAAUUGCAGAGAAAGCGCUAUCACCAAUGUUUGCUGGGCAAAUCAACGAACUCAUAUAA